AUGGACGAUAGGCACUUCAACAGCAGCAGGCUUCUUGAUGAUACGAACGUAACAAUUUCUCCCGCCGACCUGGUCGCCAAUGCUUCUACCGCGGCGGCGCCAAUGUCCAAAACUAUCGCAGCGACUUUGUUCUACGUGAACACGGUGGCCGGGGGAGCACUGAGUGUCUUUGGCAUCCUUGGGAACAUAAUGGUUAUCACAGUAUUUACCCUACACAAACCAAUCACUCCCACCUCCAUUAUGCUACGAGGCCUUGCAGUAUCGGACGCUCUUUUCCUUCUGACUACGUUUCUGUACAAACCCAUGCUAGGGAUCUAUUUCCACCUGGGACAGGCCACUUUUUACGCCAAGAACAUAUAUACUUGUAUGAUACAAUAUCUGAGACCCAUCAUGUAUAGCUUACAGCAUAUCAGCACAUGGCUCGUCGUCGUCGUGGCAGUAGACAGACAUUUCGCCGUGUGUCGCCCUCUGCAGAGUAAGAGCCAGCGUCAUGCCAUACGCACACGCGCUCGUCGCACAGUGUUGACCGUUUACCUCGUCUGCUUCGUGUUCAACAUUCCAAGAUUUUUUGAAUAUGAGACCAAGGUCACACAAAAUGAGAAUAGGCCGAUGUGCAAACCCGAAGUAAAUCCCUUCGUUAAGAAAAACCGAUUCUAUAUCAUCUUUUACUGCUGGACUUUAUAUUUUUUGGUCAUGUACGUUGUUCCCAUUGUAACAGCGACUGUCAUUAAUGUUAAGUUGAUCCUGUCACUACGCCAGGCGCGCAAACAACGUGCGUUUUUGAGAGAGCGGCAAACGCACAAGGUUCGCAGGUACAACACCACCCGCUUGCUUAUCAUUGUGGUCAUGGUUUUCAUCGGUUGCCAGACACCUGAUUUUGUGUUACAAGUGUUUUAUUUUAUCAACGUUCUGAAUCCGAUGAAGAUCAAGCAAUCACUAGAUGUGUUCAGCAAAGUGACAGAUACGUUGCUCACGUUGAACGCUGCAGUGAACUUUCUGAUAUACUGCGCAAUAGGAACAAGCUUCCGUAAAACUCUCACGGAUCUUCUUAUGUGUAAGAUAACGAGAAAGACCAAGGCAAAGUUUCCAUUGCAGCUAAAGCUUUUUUCUGUGGAAUCUACUUUCAGCACCUCUUUGUCGGGUUCAGCAGCCAACCACUUGCGUACAAGAAAAAAGCCAAGCAACGCUAAGGACAACAACGCCCAUAAAUCUUUAUACAAAACUGUCCAAUCCAAGUGA